AUGCUCAUCAAAGUCCGCACCCUCACGGGCAAAGAGAUAGAGUUAGACAUUGAGCCAGACUACAAGGUCUCACGAAUCAAGGAACGUGUCGAGGAAAAGGAAGGCAUCCCUCCUGUCCAACAACGUCUGAUCUACGGAGGAAAGCAGAUGGCUGAUGACAAGACUGCCUCGGACUACCAGCUGGAAGGCGGAAACACCCUGCACUUGGUACUUGCGCUCAGAGGAGGCUGCUAA